GCCAGUAUGGAAAUCCUCUAAAUAAGUACAUUAGACAUUAUGAAGGAUUGUCUUACGAUGUGGAUUUGUUACACCAAAAACACCAGCGUGCCAAAAGAGCAGUAUCGCAUGAAGAUCAGUUCUUGCGCCUAGAUUUUCAUGCUCAUGGAAGACACUUCAACCUCCGCAUGAAGAGAGAUACAUCUCUUUUUAGUGAUGACUUUAAAGUAGAAGUAUCAAACCAAGUAAUCGAUUAUGAUACCUCCCAUAUUUACACUGGACACAUUUAUGGUGAACAGGGAAGUCUUAGCCAUGGGUCUGUUAUUGAUGGAAGAUUUGAAGGAUUCAUCCAAACUCACAGUGGGACCUUUUAUAUUGAGCCAGCAGAGAGAUACAUUAAGGACAAAACUCUACCUUUCCACUCUGUCAUUUAUCAUGAAGAUGAUAUUAAGUAUCCACAUAAAUAUGGACCACAGGGAGGCUGUGCAGAUCAUUCAGUGUUUGAAAGAAUGCAGAAGUACCAGAUGACUGCUGUAGAAGAACCAACAACAGAGAAGCCUUUUGAAGAGCCUAAGAAAGAUGGUCCACAGCUUUUAAGAAAAAAGCGUGCCACUCAGGCUGAAAAAAAUACCUGCCAGCUGUAUAUUCAGACUGAUCAUCUGUUCUACAAGCAUUAUGGAACAAGGGAAGCUGUAAUUGCACAGAUAUCCAGCCAUGUUAAAGCAAUUGAUACAAUUUAUCAGUCAACAGAUUUCUCAGGAAUCCGUAACAUCAGCUUCAUGGUGAAACGAAUAAGAAUAAACACAACAGUAGAUGAGAAGGACUCUUCAAAUCCCUUCAGAUUUCCUAACAUUGGCGUGGAAAAGUUUCUGGAACUGAACUCAGAACAGAAUCAUGAUGACUAUUGCUUGGCCUAUGUAUUUACAGACCGUGAUUUUGAUGAUGGAGUCCUUGGUCUGGCGUGGGUUGGAGCCCCUUCAGGGAGUUCUGGUGGAAUAUGUGAAAAGAGCAAACUGUAUUCUGAUGGUAAGAAGAAGUCUCUGAACACUGGAAUCAUCACUGUUCAGAACUAUGGCUCCCAUGUUCCUCCCAAGGUUUCUCACAUUACUUUUGCUCAUGAGGUUGGGCAUAACUUUGGUUCCCCUCACGAUUCUGGAAUGGAGUGUACUCCAGGAGAGUCCAAGAACUUGGGACAGAAAGAAAAUGGCAAUUAUAUAAUGUAUGCAAGAGCUACUUCUGGGGACAAACUUAACAACAACAAGUUCUCUGUCUGUAGCAUUCGAAAUAUCAGCCAAGUUCUUGAGAAAAAAAGAAAUAAUUGUUUUGUUGAGUCUGGUCAACCCAUCUGUGGUAACGGACUGGUUGAGCAAGGAGAACAGUGUGAUUGUGGUUACAGUGACCAGUGUAAGGAUGAAUGCUGUUAUGAUGCAAACCAAUCAGAAGAUAAAAAAUGCAAGUUAAAACCAAACAAACACUGCAGCCCUACUCAAGGCCCCUGCUGUACUGCACAGUGUAAUUUCAAACUGAAGACUGAUAAGUGUCGAAAUGAUUCAGACUGUGCAAAAGAAGGAAUGUGUAAUGGUGUCAGUGCUCUCUGCCCAGCAUCUGAGCCUAAACCAAACUUCACAGAUUGCAACAGGAACACACAAGUUUGCAUAAAAGGGCAAUGUGCUGGCUCUAUCUGUGAGAAGCAUGGCUUGGAGGAAUGUACGUGUGCUAGUUCAGAUGGCAAGGACGAUCGAGAGUUGUGUCAUGUCUGCUGCAUGAGAAAAAUGGACCCAGCUUCUUGUGCAAGUACAGGCUCUAACCAGUGGGAGAAAUACUUUCACCGUGAAACUAUUACUUUGCAACCUGGAUCUCCUUGUAAUGAUUUCAAAGGCUACUGUGAUGUGUUUAUGAGGUGCCGGCUAGUAGAUGCUGAUGGCCCUCUAGCUAGAUUAAAGAAAGCAAUUUUUAAUCCGGAACUAUAUGAAAAUAUCGCAGAAUGGAUUGUGGCUUAUUGGUGGGCGGUGUUGCUGAUGGGAAUUGCCUUGAUCAUGUUAAUGGCUGGUUUCAUUAAGAUAUGCAGUGUUCAUACUCCAAGCAGUAAUCCAAAGUUGCCUCCUCAUAAACCGCUUCCAGGCACUUUAAAAAGGAGGAGACCACCACAAACCACUCAGCCACCACAGCGGCAAAGGCCCCGAGAGAGCUAUCAGAUGGGACAUAUGAGACGUUGACUGCAGCUUUUUGCCUUGGUUCUUCCUAGUGCCUACAAUGGGAAAACUCACUCCAAAGAAAACCUAAUAAGUCAUUGUCCCUGGUCUAACUCUCAAAAAUUGAAGAGGAAAGGAAAAAAAAAAAAAGCAUGAUAUGCCCUCAAAACAAGUGGAAAUGGUUAAUUUUUAAUGAGUUAAUCUUCCAGCUCAAAAAAAAAAAAGAAGAAAAGUGUUUUUCUGGCGUAUUUUUAAUUUAGUGGCAAAAAGUCCUAGAGUAUCGUGAUUCUUUCCCCGUUCUGUGCUCUUCAUUGCUGCAUUUUCUUCACUUGCAGGCAGACAUGGCUGUAGUAACACUUCUGCUCAAGAAUUGGGAAAAAAAAAAGUCUUUUUCAACUGCCAGAUAAGGCUAGGAAGCUAGAGCACCUCAGCAUUGGAGACAUUACCUGUCAAUGUAUAUACGUUGUUAUAUGCAGACAUGUAUUUCUAACGUACACCCGUACUUGUGUGCAAUUGUAAACAAGAGAAUUGCAAUAUGGAUGUUUCUUUGUAUUAUAAAACUUUUCUGCUAUUAAUGAAGAAAUUACUGUUUAAUUGACAUACUCAGGAUAACAGAGGAUGAUGGUGUGUAAUGGUCAAGGAUCCUGUGAUGCUUUACACAGCAGUUUUGAAUCAAAUCAAACUUUUUUAUCAUGAUCAAAGUUGUUUCAAGCGCUCAUUUCAUCUUUAUCAAACAGCUGCUAAGACAUAGCAUACCAGAUUGAAUGGUCCUGUAGAGAUACAGCAGGUGUUCUGCAAACUUUGCAAAUGCCAGAAUGUUUCAAAAAUGUUUUCUAGAAAUGUCUAAUUUCCUGUAGUUCAGCGUAAAUCUUUUUGUCUGAUUAUUCAGUUAAAUAAUGAAUAGUGAAAUGAAAUAUUUCCAUGCGUCGUUAUAAAGUUCUGCCUGUUAUUCAACUUGUUUUUAAAAUUGCAACCAGUUUAUUUGGGCUGUUCGGAUAUUCUUACAGUAUGACGAUGAAGUUUUGAGUUCUGAGGGAUGUGGAAAGAAAGGAAAGCUGUAGGGUUUUUAUUUUCUUUUUUAAUUUAUCAGAUAUUUGGAUAACUUUUCAGCAUUAUACUGUUGAUUGAUAACCACUAGAGUAGAGUGAUUUGCCCUGCUACUGUGGCAGAGUUAAAAUUGUAGGUAGGACUACCAAUUUUCCUACAUUUUAUACCAGUAGUGAAGUUCAACAGCACAAUGUCCCAUUCCAAAGUUUUUAUUAUGAAUGUAAGUAAUUGGCAUUUUUGAAAGAGGAAACAAAAGAUGUCUUAAGGUGCUUACUGCUAUGCAGGAGACGAAAGGGGGCAUUACAAAACGUUUAAGCUUGUGAUAUAUUUAUUGCUUGCUUUCCAAAAGCACCGAGCUAAUUAGAGACUCAAAUGGCUAUAAUUUUCCUGGCUUUGCUUAGGAGAAAAUUUACUAAGAGUUGGACAGGCU